AGACCAUCCUUUAUAUUCUACACUCAUAAUGGUAGCAGAAGAAGUUAAUCACGGAACCGACAUCGAAGAACCAGUCAAGCCAGCUACUGCUCCUGCUAGUAGCGCUCCGCCAAACCGCCACACGGUACAGGUGCAACCCCUCCAAAAGGACCAAAUGCAGCCAAGCUACGCUCAAACACUGGAGGUACCACGCAAUGAGCAUUCUGCAUAUGGAAGUUUCAUCAAUGGCCUCGGAUCUUGUAUCGGUUUCUUUGGUGCUAUACCAUGCUGUCCUUGUCCAAAUCCAUUUAAAGAAGUUGAUCAGGGUUCAGUUGGUCUUGUCAGUCGCUUUGGUGCAUUUUACAAAUCUGUUGAUCCUGGUUUGGUUAAGAUCAAUCUUUGCUCUGAAUCCCUUGAACGAGUCUCUGUCCGUACUCAAUUGGCCAACAUUAAGGACCAAGUAGCAAUCACAAAGGACAAUGUUACUGUUAGAGUUGACGGUGUUAUUUAUUACGUAGUACAGAAUCCUUAUAAAGCAGCGUACGCAGUUGAAGAUAUGAGAAAUUCCGUCAUUGAGCGCUCUCAAAUCACUUUGAGAUCAGUUUUGGGUUCGAGAAACUUACAAUCUCUGAUUCAAGAUAGAGAGCAAAUAUCUAGAGCCAUUGAAGAGAUCGUCACGUCCAUUACCCAAGAAUGGGGUGUCCUCGUUUCUAUCUCUAUACGUGAUGUACACCUCUCGGAAUCUGAUCAAGUCGCCUUGGCCGCUUCAGCACGUGCUACACGUCAAGCAGAAGCAAAGGUCAUCGCAGCUGAGGGUGAAGUAUCUGCAGCUAAGCUUAUGAAGAAGACAGCGGAAUUACUUGCUACUCCAGCAGCUAUGUCUAUUAGACACUUGGAUGCACUUCAAAACAUGGCAAAGACUUCUAAUGCUAAGACUAUCUUCGUACCAAUGUCAGCAGACGGUGUCUCUGGUUUGACACAAGGUAUGGGAGCCAGUCAAGCAUCUGGAAGUGGCAGCCAAGGCCAAUCCAAUAACCCUGUGGCACGUACUGCUCAGAUUCACGCCUUGGAAAAUGCUUAAGUCACUAGCUACUGUUAAUUUACAACAAGACCAAAGAACAUUAAUAAUGGAACCGUUACGAUAAUUUUACUUUAUUUUUAUUCGUUUAUUACUAAAUUUGUACGUAAG